AUGGUGAGGAGGCUUCUUCAGGGAGACGACAACUUGCCGCCGCCUGACCACAGCAAGACGUCGUGGCCGGAGGUGGUGGGCUGGCAGGAGCUCCCCGCUGGGAUCAGGAUCGGCUACGACAGGCCGGAGGUCACCGUCGAGUUCUUCAACGUCGGCGAGACCCCGCCGCCGGGUUUCGACCCCAAUCGCGUCGUCGUCUUCGUGGAUAUCAUCAUCUUGUACGUCGCGGAGAUUCCCGUGCUUGGCUAG